AUGCAUCGAUUCCUCACAGCGUUCUCGCUUCUCCUCGUAGCUCUUCCACAAGCCGCAGCCUUUCUGUUUGGUGGAGGAUGUUGUGGAGCUCCAGUGAUGCAGUCCCCAUGUUGUGGUGGAGGAGCAACAAGUUGGGCAUAUGCACCACCACAAGUUAUUGGAUAUGAAAGAAUUCCACUCUACGCCAAGGUUCCAAUGCCAGCACCACCAACAUAUAUGCGUUCAAGACCAAUCCCACCACGAAUUAUCCAAUCUGAACCUUACUAUCCAUCUGCACCACCACCACCUCCACCAACUCCACCAAUGUAUCAAACUCCUUAUUAUCCAACACAAUCUGCUCCUCCAAUGGAUAACUUCGCUCAUGGUCCAGCAACUCCUACAGUAUCCUCCGUUUCAACUCCAAUUCGAUCAGUUAUUCCACCUCCACAAGACAAAUACGACGAUGGAGAUGUCAUAAUAAUUGAAACGGAUGACAACAGAAAACGAAGAAUGUCUUCUCUUCAUAAGUUCGUUCAACCCCCACCACAAGGCUACGUCUCACAACCCGCCGCCCCGCAGGGAUACCAGCAACAACCACAGCAACAAUUCAUCGGGCAGGUUGAACAAGGAGUCGAGGUCACUCCAGACCAAAUAAACUCUGGAUAUCAACCACUCCAACAACAGCAACAAGGACAAUUCAAUUCUGUUGCUGACAGCCAGAUUCCAUCCAACUACGGAUCUCAAUCCUCCUUCGGAUCCCAACAAUCCUUCGGAUCCCAACAACCAUCUUCAUUCGGUUCCCAAGUUUCCGGAGCUGUUGAGAAUGUAGCCAGCAACGCUGGUUUCGAAGCAGCCGGAAUUGCUCCAAGUGCUCGUCGUCUUCGUAAAUUCAAGAACUAG